AAUCCCUUUCUGGUAGUUCUAUUAUUGAUGAUUUCAAGUGGGCUUAUGAUUGCAUACUGAGUAUCACAAGGAUUUGGAUAUGAGAAUAAUUCUGAAUUUGGUCAAAGUAGUUGUCAACAUGAGUUCUUGUGGUGAUUGAUUGAUGAUGUGCUAGCUUGUAUUGCAGACCAGAGGGAACAUUUGUUUUCUUCUGUCAUUUCUCAGUCUUUCUGCAUAGGCUGGGCAAUUAAUCAUUUUGAAGGAUGGGAAUCUAUGAAAUGAACCCAAAAAAAUGCUCAUCAAAAUAUUUAUUUCCUAGUUCACAGAGUUUGCAAGCGAAUAUUGGGUUUCAUGCUCCUUAUGUUCAACACUAAUAAAGGGAAAGAAUAUCCUCGGCUGAAGGCAUUAGUAACUGCACCUUGGAAAUAAAUUUCAGUAAAGAUGCAUUUGGUAUUAGAGCUAUGUGUCUGGAUGGUAAACUGGGAGCAGCUUUAUCUCUUUGGUGCAACAUGAUACAGAAUAGUAUUGUUCCUGAUGUUAUCACACAUAAUUACCUCAUCAAUGGACUCUGCAAAAACGGUGAAUUGGAGAAGGCAGAAUGGAUUGUAAGAGGUAUGUUAUAUAAGGGUCCUUCUCCCUCUUGUGCUACGUACAACUCCUUAAUAAGGGGUUAUUGUCUCAUGAAAGAUGUCGAUAAAGCUCUAAAUACCUUUUCUACCAUGGCCAAUCAUGGAAUUAUACCAAACAGAGUUACUUGUAACAUCCUUGUUCAUGCGCUUUGUAAGAAAGGCUUGAUGGAGGAGGCGAAAAAGCUUUUUCAUAAACUACUAAGCAAAAACUAUGAGGGGGGGAGCUCAGACUUGAUUACAUCAACCAUAAUGAUGGAUGGCUGCUUUAAAAAUGGAGAUACUAAUCAAGCUCUUGCUUUUUGGGAGAGGAUGUUAAAAGAGGGUAUGAAAGUUGAUAAAGUUUCUUACAAUGUUGUUGUCCAUGGAUUCUGUAUGAGCCGUGACGUGGGCACUGCAUAUAAGUAUUGUUGUGAAAUGCUAAAGCUUGGUUUCGUUCCAGAUGUUUAUUCUUACAACACUAUUGUUGGAGCACUUUGUAAAAUAGGAAAGACCAGCGAUGCUUGUUAUAUAUAUGAUAUUAUAACAAGAAUGGGCGUCAUCCCAGAUCAAAUUACGUACAAAAUGAUAAUACAGGCCCUAUGUAUUAACAGGGAGAUUGAUAGAGCCAAUUGUUUCCUUGAUUACAUGUUAGAGAAUUCCAUUAUACCUGAACCACUUGUUUGGAAUGUUAUAAUUGAUGGUUAUGGAAGAUGUGGAGAUAUACAAAAAGCUUCAUAUAUUAGAGACAAAAUGGUUGCAAAUGGUGUUCUGCCAAACACAUUUACAUAUAAUGCAUUAAUUUAUGCACAGAUAAAGUCAGGAAAUCUUUUUGCAGCUCUGUCCUUGGAGAAAGAGAUACUUUUAUAUGGUCUUACCCGUGAUUCAGUUACUUACAAUCUGUUGAUCGGUGCUGCUUGUAAUUUUGGCCUGAUCCGCUCAGCACUCAAGCUACAUGAUGAAAUGUUGAGAAAAGGUUGUCAGCCAGAUGUAAUUACUUACACGGAACUACUUAAGUGGUAUUGUCUACAAGGUAUGAUGACAGAGGCAGACAAGCUCUUUGGCAAGUUACUGGCAUCUGGUUUAGCAAUUGAUCAUGUUCCCUUUCUAGUACUCAUGAAAAGAUAUUGCAAAAUGAGAGAAUUUGAUAAAGUCUUUGACCUUUAUCAAAAGUGGUUAGUGACAAUGCCUAGAUGAGAAUGCUUCCCCAGGAAUUGUUGUGAAGUUAAGGGCUACUCUAUAUGUAUUUAUUCCAGAAGAGAAAGCUUCUUCAGGCUUUUGCAGUGGUUGGCUGACAGAUUUUAGCUCCAGAAGCGUUGCGCUUGUAGCAAGAGCUGUCUUAGUCUCCCGGAGGUAUGUUUGUGUGCUGUUACUUUAGCCUUUUGGUUUGUGUGCUCUUACUUCAGCCUUUUGGAAUGCAAUGUAAUGUUAGUUUAAUUACAGUUUUACUUUAGCCUUUUCGAUUUAAACUCUCUUGGCAGCAUAUCUCGCUGUUAAUUUCUAGAAGAAUAUUCGCCAUCUCUCAGUUUCAAAAAAGAAAAAAAAAAAAGAAGAGAAUAUUCGCCAUCUCUCUUUUGGACCUUCAUUGCCAACUAAGGAUAAUUAAAUUGUAUUGAUUGCUUAUUGGAGUAACGUGGUCUGUGAGGACCCCAACUGUUUGAGACUAAGGCAUAGUUAUUGUUGAUUGCCUACCGGAGUUCUCCAACAUGUCUGGCCUCACCCUUUUGGAGUUUCUCCAACAUUUUUGCCUUCAUCCGUUUCUGUAUAAGAAGUUAAAACCCUGAUUGCCAUUCCAGUAUGAGGCACAAUUGCUGCGAUAUCUGGAAUUUUGGCAUCUAAUCUCAUUUCAAUAGCUUUUAAAUGCAUGCAGAUGAUUUUUGUCCUAACCAAAAAGAGAUGUUGCUUCUCCAUUAUUUUUUUUUCCACCCAAAAAAAACAGCGAAGAAAGAGAACUCAUCACUCAUCAACAGCUGGAUCCUGUCUUUCUGAUCUAAAAACAAAGAGAAAAGGUAGGCUGUAGAAUUACUGAAUUAUAAUGCUAAGCGGGGCACCUUUUCUGGAGAACUGGAAGUGUAAAAUGAGAACCAGAAAAUGGGGAUUCCCGUAUCAUCUUGGGAAGGACAAAAGGGAAAGUUAUGUUGUCCAAGAAGCUGCCUUAGUUGUGUCAUUAGACUCCUUGCUUUUGGGAUUACGAAUAAGAAAAAAGAGAAAUGAUCCAAACUUAGGGAACUGCGCUGUCAUUUCCUCAAUAGUAAUUUUCCUAACUUCAUCUUUUCUCUCUCCACAAAUAUGCUUUACAACAAUAUUAUUAUGCGUUCUUUGCAGGUGGAAGUGAGUGCAGGGUGAAACAGUAAUUGCAGCAUAUCGUUCUGUCAAAUUGUGUGAAUGUUCUACUGCUGGAUUUAGUGAUUUAAUCAUGUUACCUUGUGAAUACAAGUUCAAGUCCACCAGGAGAUGAUCAAGAUGUAUUGACCAGCAGAACUUGGUUUGAGCUCUUCAUGAUUACAUGUUGCAAUCAUGAAGUAUUACAUUUUGGGUA